AUGUUAGAAUUUUAUUCUAAUUUGACUGCAUUAGGUGGCGCCAUGGGACCCAUGAGAGGCCCAGAAGACGAAGCCCUUAGGGGCAAUUUACCUUGUGCUGAUAGACCAGAAUGUGAGCCUCCACCACCUAUAGCACCGAGCAUAAAACUCGAACCUCAAGCCACUGGCGCUUCAUCCUGCACAGGCUGCGGUCGUCUGAUCCUGGACCGAUUCCUGCUCCGAGUGGCGGACGCAUCCUGGCACGAACAUUGUUUAAGAUGUUGUGCUUGCGGCGACACGUUAUCCAGGUCCUGCUUCGCACGCGAUUUACGCCUUUACUGCAGGGCGGACUACGAACGUGCUUUCGCCGCCAAAUGUUCCCGCUGCUGCGAACGAUUGCUCCCGAGGGAUUUAGUGAUGAGAGCUCAACAGCAUGUUUAUCAUGUGGCUUGCUUUUCUUGCGCCGUUUGUGAAAGACCUCUGCAGAAAGGAGAACAGUUUGUUAUAAGAGCUGGAAGACUGUUCUGCAGGCGAGACUUUGAAAAGGAGAUGUUUUUUUUAGGGGUAGAUGACGAUAUGAUUGUAGAUGAUUCAUCAAGACCUCGUGAUGGAAGAAGAGGCCCCAAAAGGCCUCGAACGAUACUGACAUCAGCCCAAAGAAGACAAUUCAAAGCAUCAUUCGAACUUAGUCCUAAACCCUGCAGAAAAGUCAGAGAAGCUUUGGCGAAGGAAACUGGACUAAGCGUGCGGGUUGUUCAGGUGUGGUUCCAAAAUCAACGUGCAAAAAUGAAGAAACUUCAACGUAAAGCAAAACAAGACGGCGGUUCAGGAGGCGACAAGCGGAAAGAUUCUGGAUCAGGAAAUGCAGAUGAUGGCACUGAUGGAGAAGCUGCAGUCAAGCAAGAAUCUUUGUGUAUGGAUGGCUCUUUUUCAGCCUCAAGUAGACCUUUGAAUCCGAACAUGCCUUAUUCGCCAGAUGAUUACCCUGCCCAUUCUGGUGAUAGUUACUGUAGUUCCGAAUUAUCUUUGGAUGGAAGUACAUUCGAUGCUCUGGACGAUGGAACAUCAGAUGGAAUACCAUCAUUGCACCAGGAUGUAGUUGGUCCAGGCAACCAAGAACCGUCAUCUAUGUCACACACAGGCUUACUGGUAAAUCCUAUUGAUAAAUUGUACCUAAUGCAAAAUUCAUACUUUAGUGGAGAACAAUAG